AUGACUUCGAACGUCGGAAUACAGACCCCUCAUGUUAUCGCUUCAUUGCCAAACCCUAGGAAUGACCGUCAACCUAACUAUGUCGUUUGUGAGGUAUAUGGAAGUUCUAUUAACCAGAAAAAAAGGAAACGACCAGAGCUAGUAGUAGGAGUCGAUGGCGAGGGCGUUGUCUUAUACGAUGUGUCCACAUCGCGAUUGAUCACCUCAUACGCCUUACCACCCCAAUCCUCCCUUACAUGUGCGCCAAACUCCAUUAGAAUCAGAAUUUCGGAAACUAAAGUUGAACGUAAAACCUAUGUCUCUUCAAUUAGUAAAACUCCUCAAAUAACACUCUUCUCUGACUCCUAUAUACGUUCUGGUGAAAUUCAGUCAAAGACUGUAAGUCAGCAGAUCACAGGCUCUGUCAGUCGUGUACUUUUUGUCGGAACAAUCAGACCAACCGAAAGUGUUAACCAUCCUGAGGAAUUAUCAGAGGUUAUGGUAGUGAAAGAGGAUGGCGAGAUUCAAGGUUACGACAGUGAAACUUUACAGGAAAAAUGGACAUCACCCGCAUCUGCACUAUUCCGAGAUUUUCAUUCGUGUCCUGAGGAUUUGAUGGUUGAAUAUGCUUGUAUGACAAGAGCCAAUUCUGCCAGAAAGGGAAUACUGAAAGGGCGACAAGAUGUGUUCACGAUAUUUCCUCAAGAAGUUACAGAAAUGGGCUUCAACCCAGACUUACUUAUACUUGUUACAAUCUCAGAAAAGCAAGCUUCCCGAAACUUACUCAUUGUCAGCCUACCGAGAAAAGAUACACCAACAACAGUCAUGGCUAAUCACCGCCCAGUUAGCUCCCUACUAUCCCUAACAAUGCCAUACAAUCCGGGACACAGUCAUUUCAAAACAAGUGCAAAUUUUAGUGUUCAUGCGUCAUCUGGGACUAUCCAUUCACUUGAAAAUGGCGUCCUUACAAUUUAUGACCUUACGAACACUCUUCCUAAAGAGCUGUAUAGACUAAAGUGUCCUGGUAGCCAAUCAUUUAUAAGAUUAGCCAGCAUGUCAACUAUAGUAUCAACUGGAACCGCAAUAGAGAUAUACAAUCUUAAGUUUUACUCAAAACUAGCAACUACAAGCCUUGGCUUGCCAGAAAAUGAAUCUCUCAAGAGAAAAAGAGAUCACGAUUUAAAUAACCAUCAUUCUUGCAAAUUAAUUUCAUACUUCCCCAAACUUUCUAUCGCAGUGGCUUUAAUAGAUAAUAAUUUAGUGGGAGUUCAGGUUGAAGCUCGGCAAGAUAGUCAUGGUAAACUACAACUGAAUGGCCUCCUAGUCGAUUCUCUGGGCUGCUUUAAUCGAGAUCAAUCACGACCUGGGUUGAAAGGAAAUCAUAAAAAAAUUAAAAAUAAAUUCCAAACGCUCAAGUCAUGUGAGGCUGUGACGGGUAAUCCAAAGAGAUAUUCGAAGUUCUUCGAACCAAUUGAGAAACUAUUUGAUGCAGGAACGUGCACCGAAGAGGUCUUUGAUUGUUUUAUGACUCAAAAGCUGCCAAGGAGUCAAAUUGAGGCAUGUAAUACUUCCGAGAUUGACACAAGUGCAAAGUCGAGCCAUCAAUUACCUUUUCCUGCUCAGUGGCCAUGCGGUGCUGAAAAAAAAAGAGUCAUGUAUGCCCUUGGCAAAAUUUUCACGUGCUCAGGGAGGGAAGAUGCGAAAUCACAGUUAUCUAUUUCUUUCUACCCUCCAAAAACGUUUCUAUGGUUAAUCAAAAAUGGCUACAUGACCACUUCAAAUAUUGAUUCAGCACUCAGGUUUCGUGAUAUUAAAACAGGGACAAUACCCGCUGGCCAGUUAAUUCGAAUUAUAGCCGGGCUAGACUCUGAGAUGAAACUGCUUCAUGAUCUAGUUUCUAAUACCCACCUUGAAGCCACCGAACUAAUAUGUGCUGUUCGGGAGCUAAUAGAUUGCUCAGGAAUUGAAAUUCCGGGUGGAAGUGUCAAUCAUAAAUAUGUGAAUUAUGAAAAAAUAACAGCCAGCACAGAAGCUAGGGAUGAAUGUUCAGAAGAUAAAGUCAAAUUUCUAGAAGCAAUAGACGUUAAGGAAAACGGAUUAUCCGGGAACAGCCUUGAUAUUGACUAUGGAUCGCGCGAGAAAACUCUAGCCUUGGCUUUAUCAAAACUCUACACCUACCCAGAUGAGAUAAUAGUGAAUGGAAUUCGAACAAACUAUAGCCUUCAGACUACAGUAAGCCUGAUCUAUUUACUAAGAAUCGAGCUAGCACGUGGAGGAUGGACAGCAAAAUAUUUUGAAAGUGAUACGAAAAAUAGCCCCUCUGGAAGCCCCUGUAUACCCGACAGUACAAUCGUGUUAAUUGUAACCUUACUCAAUUGCUGUAUAGAUGCCGUCGGAGCUGCUGGUUGGCUAUCAGGAGAAGUUCCUCUAGCCGAUGGAACUUCCUAUAAAGCCAAAGACUUUAUCACAAGUUUACAGAUCGAGACUAGCGCUCUGCUUGAGUGUAUCGAAGAAGCAACAUAUUUGCAGAAUUUCUUAACAGAAAUGGUCCGAUUUGGCUGCACAAGGCAAAAGGAAAUAGCAGCAAGUAAAGCCCAAGGCUCCUCGAAGCCUAUAAGUCUCAUCUCUGACAAAGACUCCAAAGCCCUACCGUUCGGGUUAAGGACUGAGAAGCCAAUCUCCCUAACUAGAGUUGUCACGGGGGGUGAAAUCAGUCGACGUACUAUGCGAGAUGUUGGGGACAGAAAAAGUCGAAGGGUUGGAAAAUAUUGCCGAGAACGAAUCUUAGUUUGA